CAAGAAACUCUUGACUUGAGGCAGUCUCACGGAGAGUCUACGGCGAGAGAGAGAGACACGGGAGUGAGAAAGUAAGGACAAGAAGACAAGCUACUGAUAAGAUAACUCACCCAAGCAAAGUGAAGACGGAGGCAGACGAGACACGGUCAUCGAACUAACACAAUAAAACGAGGACUGUCAUUCUUUCAGACAGAAGAAUAGACUUGAACAAAAGUCCUCACAAGAACUUAAAGUGCAACUGCGCGAGUGAGAAAACAGAACAGUAAACUUUGAACAGAGUUACAAAACCUAGCAGUGUUGAUUUUGAGGAGAAAAAAAGUUCAGAGAGUAUUAACAAAACCCUACAAAAGUCUACUGCAGCAAUUUCACAAUCAUAAGAGAAACAGAAGAAGGGAGGUUUAAAUAUAAAGUACAAUACCAGGAGAGCACAUAACGAAAAAAGAAAAUAACUGUAACACGUAGAAUGAAAUUGGUACAAUAUCACUGAAGAUUCCAACUGCAUCAGCUUCCUGACAGAUGUCUCAGGUGAGAAGUGAUCCUUCAAGCUUGCCUGAUUCGUCCAAUGAGGACCCCGGUGUGGUACCGAACAAAGCCAGGCCACAGUGUGCAGAGGAAGACGAGAAAGCUGCACAAACAGACAAUCAAGAAACUCACAAAGUUGUAGAGAAUGGAAACAAUAAUAAUAAUCUUCUAGACGCUGGGACUCCAGACCAAACUGUAACAUGUCAACCUCAAGCACAUCCUACGCCGUGUAACACAGCACUGGAAAGCCCGUCGGAAAACGAGGCCUUCUUGCAGAACGGGAUGAAGAACCUUGCCCGGAAGAAUGGUGUGAAGAAUGGGAGUGUCAGCGCCGGCCAGACCCCCAGGAUCGUCUCACAGGGGGGCUCUCAGAAAACGCACCAGAAGCUGCAGUCCAAAAGUUCAAUCAGCAGCCAGAACAGCAAGAAAAGCAGGAGCAGCUCCAAGUCUGCAACGUCUCAGAUCCCUACGGAGUCACAGGAUGACUGCUGUGUCCACUGUAUCCUGGCCUGCCUGUUCUGUGAGUUCCUCACGCUGUGCAAUGUCAUGCUUGACUGUGCUACUUGUGGGUCCUGCUCCUCAGACGACUCGUGCUUCUGCUGCUGCUGUGUGUCGGAGGAGUGUGGCGACUGCGACCUGCCCUGCGACAUGGACUGCGGUAUCAUUGACGCCUGCUGUGAGUCGGCAGACUGCCUGGAGAUCUGCAUGGAGUGCUGUGGGCUCUGCUUCUCCUCGUGAAGAGCAGGCAGAUCACUGCACUGGGACCACAGCAUGAGCUGCUGAUUAGGAGAGCUCUCAAAUGGAAUGCUGCCUCAAAUACAGUAUGACGUGUGUAUACACAGUAUGUACAUGUUAGGGUAUAUGUUGUGGUAUACGAUUCAUGCAGAAUGACCCUCCUCAUGUACCUGCAGGAAAGGGCCCACUCUAAUAUUAAUUCAUAUUGACAAAAGCUAAAUAUAUGACGUGGGUAUUUUGCAUAUGUGCAUAUUGGUGUUCCGCAUGGGCUUAGUGGCGAUUCUAGUACAGGUGCGUUUUUGUACCUGCACACAGACUUAUUUUCUUAAAUUUCAUUUUGUUUUAUUCUUUAAAAGAAAAACUUAAAAAUGCUGCAAUAAUUGUUUGAUGUAGUAGUCAACCAAUCUUUCAAGACUGGAACAAGUUAAACCUUAAAAAACAAAUGCAUAGAUGUUUGUGGUUUUUUUAUAUCAAGUAAAAGGAUGUUUGACCGUCCUGAAUACAAAUAUAUUCAAAUUA